AAAUACUACUACACAUAGAUCUACCUGUGAUACACUACACAACCAGAAUGGCACAGGCUGCUUCUAAAACGUGUGAAAUUUGUAUAUCAAGUCCUGGGCAUAACUUCUGUGAACAGUGUGAACAGUUGUUUUGUGAUGGAUGUAAAAUAUCUCAUUUACGGACAAAGAUGACCAAGAAUCACACAUUUCUAAGUGGUCCUAACAUUAACCCGGAAGUUAAACUAUAUUGUAAAGAACAUGAUGAAAACUUCAUAUAUUAUUGCAUGGAAUGUAGUUUACCAGUCUGUAAGAUAUGUGCUAUUAAAAGCCACAAAAAACAUGAUUUAUCGGAGAUUAAUGAAUCACUUGAAAGUAUCAAGGCUGAAGUAAAAAUUGAUGUUGAAACGAAAAUUAAAAAGCUCCAGUCAAUUAUAGCAGAAAUCGAUCAAGGUACCCAUACACAUCAAGUUGAUGUACAGGGAGUCAUUCAGGCUAUAAGAGAAGAAGGCAAACACUUGAAAGAGAUGAUUGAUACGAAAGUCGAAGAUCUUAUUGACACGCUGAAGGAGAAAGACACAGGGAUUGUUCAAACCUUACAGUCUGUUGGCAAUGAGUUAAAAACAGCUUUGGAUAAGGCAAAGGAGCAGCAGCAAUUUUAUCAAGACACCCAGGGAAUAAAAGAUACUACGAAAUUGUUACAGAAACUAAAACAAAUAAAGUCACAAAUCGAUCAAAUAGAAGUAGUACAGAUUCCCAUCAUGCCAUCAGUCAAAUAUGCCAAAAAGACAGUAGCAGAGAGUGAAAUAGGGAAACUAUUUGGGGAACUAACAUUUAGAGAAACUGUCAAAAAAGAAGAAAACCCUAAACCUAAGGAGAACGUCAGAGUUACAAGAACAGCCAAACAAUACAGAUACAGAUGCAAUUAUUGCAAGACAGAAAUAACUUCUGAGUAA